GUCCCCGCGCGGCCCAGGUGGUGGCGAAGGGGCGACGAGCGGUCCCCGCGGGGCAGGCAGCGGGGACGGGGGCGCCCGGGCCCGCCUCACGUCUCGGCGGGAGGUCGCGGCGGGGACGGCCAGCCCGGUGGGCCUGGGUUGCACCGGGAGAGGCGAAGCGUCCGGCCGCACCCUCGAGGGGCCGGGCGGGACCUCCCCGCGGCGGCGCCCGGGCCGCCGCUCCCCUUCCCCGGCCCUCCCGGGGCUCCGCCCGCGCCGAAGGGAGGCGUCGCCUCCGCCCAGGGCCGAGUCAGCCUGCCCCCCGGCAGGCAUGGACCGCUGCCCCCGAAAGCCCCGCGCGGCCCGCGACCGCACGUCCGCCGGCUCUCGCUAGCUGUUGGCAUCGGGCGUUUUCUCCACCACCCAACCGGGUCUUCGGAGUCUGUUGUGAUUCGGACGAAAUGGAAGAAAAGGAGCGAUGUGACCCAUUCGGCUCUGCCCUCCUGCAUUGAGGCCUAGUUGGCAUCUGCAGAGAGGAAAACACAGCCAGGGAAGCGUGGUGUUUUCUUUUUUUCCAAAGGGGGUGGGAGAGGAAGGUGGCGAAAGGGAGGAAUCGUACGUUUUCUGUGGCUUCUUCUUUUUCCUUUUUUAAUUCGGCGCUUUGCAAGUGGUGGCUAAAUAAACUAAUCCAAAAGUUGUUUUCUCUAUUGAGGAGACAGAAGAGGUGGAUUUGUGUGUGUGUGUGUCUGUGUGUGUCCCUUUUGAUUUCAACCUUUUCGCCCAGUGACAAAGCAUAAAUCGUGGACACCAGAGAAUAAGGUGAACCUCAGGAAUCUGAAGACAGAGAAGCCUAGACCUUCCUCAGGAGGGAAGGAGCGGGGUGUUUAUCGGCUCUGUCUGGAACCUAAAUCGAAAAACAUGAGUUGCAUGCCAUGGAAAGGAGACAAGGCCAAAUCUGAAUCCUUGGAGCUUCCCCAGGCAGCACCCCCACAAAUCUACCAUGAGAAGCAGCGCAGGGAGCUCUGCGCCCUUCACGCCCUCAACAACGUCUUCCAGGACAGCAACGCCUUCACGCGGGAAACGCUGCAGGAGAUUUUCCAGAGGUUGUCUCCAAACACCAUGGUGACGCCCCACAAGAAGAGCAUGCUGGGAAAUGGGAACUAUGAUGUGAAUGUCAUUAUGGCAGCACUUCAGACCAAAGGCUAUGAAGCUGUUUGGUGGGACAAGCGCAGGGACGUGGGUGUCAUUGCUCUCACUAACGUCAUGGGCUUCAUCAUGAACCUGCCCUCCAGCCUGUGCUGGGGUCCACUCAAGUUGCCACUCAAAAGGCAACAUUGGAUCUGCGUUCGUGAGGUGGGAGGGGCCUACUACAAUCUUGACUCCAAACUCAAGAUGCCAGAGUGGAUUGGAGGCGAGAGUGAGCUCAGGAAAUUUCUAAAAUACCAUUUGCGAGGAAAAAACUGUGAACUCCUACUGGUGGUGCCAGAAGAAGUGGAAGCCCAUCAGAGCUGGAGGGCAGAUGUGUGACAGUUCUGCCAGACCUAUUCUUCACCUCAACCCUCCAGCCCUCUUUGAUGUGCUGUGGCCUCUACAGUCCACUUCCCCAAACAUCUCAUUGGGUUUUCCCUUCAGAUUUGCCAGUGCAAUAGGACAGAUGUGUGGACUGUCACAGGGCCUCCCAGCACUGUCUGUGCCCAGGGGAAGAAGGUAGGAGCUCUGAACACUUAGGGCAAGCCAUUGAACACCCUUUUCUAUUUCAGAGAGGGAGGUGAGAGGGGGUCUUUUGUGGGAGGGGGUUGCUUAUUUUCCCCUCUCUGUGAGGCCUUGACACAGGUUCUGCUGGUAGUGCCACUGAUGCUCCAGGCACAGGGAGGCUACUUCCUUCCUCUCCUGCGACACCAGGUCUGAGGACACAGUACAUGCAGAGGCCAGUGACUUGGCUCAAAGGACCCAGAGCAUAAGCGUCUCAGGAAACUGUCAAGCUCACAGCGGUGGCAUUGCAUGCCAUCUGCAAUCCACAAUGCCACCUCUUAUCCCCCUUUUAAUCAGCCAGCCUUGGAGUUUUAUAAUGAAAAGUUCUGAUAUUCCAAAGUAGGUGAAUUGCACAGUAUUCCAGCAAGACAAUGGUGAAAGAGAUAGCUAAUGUUAUGUGGCUAAAGCCAUAUUAGGACAGUGUUUUCAUUCCAGUUAUGUCCCUACCAUUUCACUACAUUGACUUAGGCUCUGGGGCAAAAGACAGUGAGGAGGGAUGGCACUCCUAGUCGGGCCAUUUUUGCAAAAUCAGAAACACAUAUACUGUUGACAUGAAAUUCCACAGUCUGGGACAGAGCUGGGGAAGGAAACUGCCAUGAAGGCAAGCUUCACAGUUAGAGAGCGAGAACUGGCAGGCACAUCCCGAUUGCCAGUCUGGUUGUGUGCAUCGUGCUAGAGCCUCUGGGCUUGGCAUCUCUGUGUCGUUUCCUUUAGAAACUGAGGGUUGGCUCGACCCCAACUCAAGUAGUUCUAGACCAUUUUUCUCUUGUAAGUUUGGAAAAUGAGAGGAAAUAAGUACCAUACUACACACCAGUGUGUUGUGGUGGCCUUUGAGGCUGGUGGGCAGGCAGGUGAUCUAGCCAGCCCUUAUGGAUCCAUGGUCUCUGCAGGUCUGAGAACCACCCCACUGGCCAGGCUUCUUCCUUGGCAGCAGAGCUAGCCCUGGGGCUUGCAUGUCAAUCCUGAGUAAGCUUACUGGGAAUGAAGCGGGGGGUAUCUCCGCACUGUGACUGGAGUGCAUGUUUACACCAGCACUUUUUCUGCACAUGUAUCUUCAAUCCAGCAAGGCCCUUUUGUAUUCGAGUAGCAGAGGCCCCAAGUGGCUCCUGCAUUAAAUUCAGCCACGGUCAUCUGCACCAUUUUCUACACCAGAUCUGCUUGGCACCAUGGGGAGCUCUGCCCCUGCACAAUGACAUUCCAAUCACUACCAGCCAGAAGUUACAGCCGACCUUGCUGAUUGUCACAAGCAGGACCUUGGGUCCUUUGGCACUGUCGGUGUAGUAAGCCAUUUCUUGGGAAGAGGAGACUUCUCCCUACAGAUCUGCUUGGGCCUGUGCAAAUGGCACUGCAAAGGAGUCCCAUGUAGGAGGAGUCCGUGAGCCAGUGGGAUGUACAAAGACGCUUAAGCAUUUCAGGGCUGGUUCUGUUCAUAUCCAAUUCUGGUGCUUAGGAACAGGGACCCAUGUUGAUGCCCACGGGCAAAAAGCCCCGUUCCUUUUAAGGAAGGGGCGUCCUGACCCUGAUGCCCAGUAAGGGGCAGCCCUAGGCUUUGUUUUUCUUGCUUUACUCCCUUUUUCUGUUGGCCUUGUGCUGGGUUUGUUUACAAAGAUGUAUUUUGUUUAACCAAAUAUUAAAAAUGAAAAACUGAACACAAA